AUGUCGUUCUUUAGUAGCCCUGUCGCACCUGCUCGCAUAGCGUCUGAUCAGGUCAUCCCCUUACACGUCUGGGAUGAGAGUCCUUUGUACCGAAGGAUUGCAUUGUACAAUCUUAAAGUAUUCGACGAUGUCCUUGAUCCGGAAAAGUUGCGUGGUAGCCUUGAGACGUUAGUUUCGCAAAGGACUUGGCGGAAAUUGGGAGGGCGAUUGAGGAAAAAGGACGAUGGUUAUCUCGAAUACCAUAUCCCAGCACAAUUCACCAAACAACGACCAGCUAUCGGGUUCACUUCCGUUAACCUCACCGACAUCACGAAAGACGACCAUCCCAUCGCUUCGAGACUACCCAAACCAUCAACUCGCCCAGCAAUCGUCGGCGAUCCCGAAGAAACAGUAGACCUCGCCUGCGGCCCAGGAUGCCCCACCUCCAUCGACGAUUAUCUCUACACAGACCAGCCAAUUCUCGGUCUUCACAUUGUCUCGUUCAAAGAUGCAACACUUGUUACACUGCACUGGCUACAUAUCGCAUGCGAUGCUCUCGGAAUGAAGGGUUUGAUCGAGGGAUGGGUUAGCGCGAUGAACGGAUUAGAAAUUCCCGAACAACAAGGUUUCGACUACGAUCCUUUGGCAGAAUUCGGCAAACAUCCCAAAGAAGCUCAUAAACUUGUGGAUCAACGUAUGACAGUAGCCUCGAUGCUUACAUAUGUGGCCUGGAACGGAUAUAGCCUCGCGUUUGCAAAGAAAGAGACACGCAUGGUCUGUAUACCAGGCUGGUUCCUCAAAAAGCUUCGUACUACCGCAAUGAAAGAACUCACCGCUGCUGGUGUCAAGGACCCUUUCGUUACAGAGAACGAUGUACUCGUUGCUUGGUGGUCACGGAUCGCUAUCUCCCACCUUCCUUCUGAUUCCGACAGACCUGUGACGAUUCAAGUUGGCAUGUCUCUCCGAAAAUCACUCGAAAAGGAUCUUCUCGUGCCAGAUAAACCAUUUGUCUCGAACUGUUUCGGUUUUGCAAACUUGUUACUUUCGGCGAAAGAGCUUAAGCAACAGCCAGUGGGAGAAACAGCGCUUCAAAUGCGCAAGGCAGUAAACGAACAAAGAACACGAGAGCAAGUGGAAGCCUAUCAGGCUAUGGUUCUGGACUCUGUGGCACCGUUGCCUGUAUUCUUUGGAGAUGGAAACACGUAUCAGAUUUCCUACUCGAAUUGGACCAAGGCUGGUUUGUUUUCAGCUGACUUCUCAGCGGCGUGUGCAAAGCCUCGAGAUACGCCGUUGUAUCCUUCAUACAUCGGGCAUUGUCAAGUACCGUUCAAGUUCCCUGAAGGGUUCAUCAUUGUCGGUAAGGACAUAAACGAGAAUACCUGGUUCUGCGCGUAUCGGGUCGCUGGUUUAUGGGAGAAAGUUGAAAAGGAGUUGGAGGGCUUGAAGGAUAUGGAUGAGGUUAUAUGA